AGGAAAGAAAAAAAAAGAAAGAGAAGGAGAAGAGAAGCCGAACUCUCCAAGGGUUACUAUGCAAUUGCGACUGAUUUCUUGGUUUUUUAUCACUUUGAACUUUAUGGAAUACAUUGGCAGCCAGCACGCCUCCAGGGUCCGGCGACAGGGAAGAAUGCAUUCUAAUGUGAGCCAGGGUUGCCAAGGAGGGUGUGCUACAUGCUCUGACUACAACGGAUGCCUGUCAUGUAAACCCAGACUCUUUUUUGUUCUGGAGAGGAUUGGCAUGAAGCAGAUUGGAGUAUGUCUUUCCUCAUGUCCAAGUGGAUAUUAUGGGACACGGUAUCCUGACAUUAAUAAGUGCGCAAAAUGCAAAGCUGACUGUGAGACCUGCUUCACCAGAAACUUCUGCACAAAGUGUAAAAGUGGGUUUUACUUAUACAGUGGAAAGUGCCUUGAAAAGUGCCCUGAUGGUUUGGAAGCCAACAAUCACACUAUGGAGUGCACCAGCAUCGUGCACUGUGAAGCUAGUGAGUGGAGUCCAUGGAGCCCUUGCACAAAGAAAGGAAAAACUUGUGGUUUCAAAAGAGGAAAUGAAGUAAGGGUCAGAGAGAUCGUACAACACCCGUCAGCAAGGGGCAAUCCUUGCCCAGCUACAAGCGAGAGCAGAAAAUGUAUUGUACAAAGAAAGAGAUGUCAGAAGGAAGGAAAAGGGAAAAAAAAUAGGGAGGAGAAACGAAAAAAGUCCAGCAAAGAAGAAAGUAAGGAGACAAAACAGGAAAACAAAGGGCGAGCAGGCCGAAGACAAAACCGAGAACAGCGGGAAAACAAAAACAAAACGCAGCCCAAGAAAAGAAAAGCCCCAAAUAAAGAACCAAACACGGCACCCACCGACACUGCACAUUAACAGCCUUCAAAAAUCGUUUGAGUCUUAUGAUGCUGCUAUCUCUACCAGAUCGCCCUGACAGGUGCUCCAACCAUUCAGGCCGCAAAUGGACAAUGCUACCAGUUACUAUUAAACUUUAAACGACAUUCCAAAUACUUCCUAUAUUCUCCAAGCAACCAUAGUUUAUUAAAGAGAUUGACAUGAGCCAAGGGAAAAAAAUCUAAAAAUGGGAUACUUUAAAACUGUUAUAUUAUAUGCUUCCAUGCAUCUGUAAAAGGCAAUUAAGAAAUUUUGUAUAUAUUAAUAAUAGGGUAUAAAAUAUAGCAAUAUAAUAAUGAAUGACAUUCAGAUGAACAAUGUUCUUUUUCUUUGUAAAAUAUUUUUCAAGUUAUUGUUUAAGUAUGAGGCAAGAGAUAUGUCUAAAUCAAAGACGCAGUAUCCCUUCAUAUAUUGUACAAAAAUACUAAGAGAAGGAGGAAAACAUUUCUCAAGAGCCAGUAGGAAUCUGAGGUUUUAUAACCUGUGGUGAAGCAGGAUGGAGUUGCCCUGUGGUUCCCUGGUCCAGACUUGGGUGAGAAACACCAGGGGAAAGCCUGCAGGGCUUCAAAAGCUGAGGGGAAAGAAACAGACGCAUCUGCAGAUUUGAAGACUGAAUCCCCGAGGUAGAAAGAGUGAUGGUGCUGAGCUUGUGCACGCUCUUAUCUGUGGGACAAUGUUUUCUGGUCUAAACAGUGGUACAGUGUGUGCUGUUCUAUGCUUUUUAUACCUAUGUGUAACUUAAGUCUACAUUUCAAAUCUUCUGGUGAAUGACAAAUCGUAUUUGUAGAAGACAAUGUUGAGUUAAUAAAAAACAGAAAAAAAGACCAGGCAUGU